UUGCUCCGUUGACAUAUUUUUGAAGGGAGUUAGUAUAUUUCUUGUAAUGUCCCACACGUUUCAUAUUUUAGUAUAUGUAUUAUUUUUUUCUUUGAAAAAGAAUAAUAGUACUGAUAAUUUUUCUUUCUAAUAAAAUAGUAAUAAUAAUUAAUUGAUCACUUUUAUUUAUUUAUUUUUCUGCAAUAAUUGAGCACUUCUUCGCAUUGAUUUUUAUAGUUCUUCUUCUUCACUGAAACUGUACUGUAUUUAAUAUUAGUAGUCUGAAAGAUAUAUGAGAAGAACAAGAAAUGGAAACUUUAGAAGAACAAAGCUCACUCUUGGAAAAUCAAAUUCCUCUUCUUCAGAAUGGCGGAGACACCGAGCUUUAUACCGGCGAUAGCUCAGUUGACGCCAAUGGAAAGCGCGCGGUGAAACAGAAUACUGGGAAUUGGAAAGCAUGCUUCUUCAUUAUAGGUGCUGAAUUUUGUGAAGGCUUGUCCUUCUUUGGUAUUUCUAGUAAUCUUGUUACUUAUUUUACUAAAGAAUUGCACCAAGGAAAUGCGGCUGCUGCGAAAGCUGUUUCGGCUUGGCAAGGGACUACCUACCUCACACCCUUUAUUGGAGCCAUUGUUGCAGAUGCUUACUUUGGAAAAUAUUGGACCAUUGCUGUUUUCUCCACUAUCUAUUUCAUAGGAUUGUGUGCCUUGACUCUCUCAGCAUCACUACCAGGACCAAGCUCUUUUUUCUUCAUAUGUGGACUUUAUUUGGUUGCUUUAGGGACUGGUGGCAUCAAACCAUGUGUUUCACCAUUUGGUGGGGAUCAAUUUGAUAAUACUGAUUCAAAGGAGAGAUCAAAGAAGAGAUCUUUCUUCAACUGGUUUUACUUUACAAUGUCCAUUGGAAUUUUCAUAGCAACUACUUUUCUUGCAUGGAUUCAAGAUAAUGUUGGGUGGGGUUUAGGAUUUGGUAUUCCUACUAUGUGUAUGGGCAUUGCCAUUGCUUGUUUUCUAUUUGGAACACCCUUUUAUAGAUUUCAAAAACCCAAUGGAAGUCCAAUUACUAGAAUGUGCCAAGUUUUGGUUGCAUCCUGUCGAAAUCGAAAUCUCGAGAUGCCUAAAGACAGUAAUCUUCUUUUUGAAUCACAAGAAAACAAUUCAGUUAUGGAAGGAAGCUGCAUUAAACUCAAACGCACUAAUACAUUGAAAUUUCUUGAUAAGGCAGCUGUGAUGUCUUCUGGUGAUGAGAUUAGUACUAGUGGGAAGUCCUUCAAUCCAUGGAGGCUUUGUAGUGUAAAUCAAGUUGAAGAAUUGAAGAGCUUUAUUGGGUUGUUACCAAUAUGGGCAUGUGGAAUAAUCUUCUUUGUUGAUGCAGCUCAAGUUUCUACAAUGAUGCUAGAACAAGGGAUGGUAAUGGACACAACUAUUGGUUCAUUAACAAUUCCACCAGUUUCACUUGCAACUUUUGAUGUAGUUGUUAUUCUUUUGGUUAUUCCAAUAUAUGAUAGGGUAAUUGUACCCUUUGUUAAGAGAUUUACAGGCAAUGAAAAAGGCUUCACCGAGUUGCAACGAAUUGGGAUCGGACACUUCAUUAUGGUUCUAAGCAUGUCUGCAGCCGCGGUUGUAGAAAUUUAUAGACUUUACCUUGGGAAAGAACUUGGAUUAGUUCACCAAAAAAUAAGUGUACCACUUAGUAUAUUAUGGCAAAUACCUCAAUAUGUUUUGGUGGGAAUUGGAAAGGUUUUCACUUCAAUUGGACUAAUAGAGUUGUUUUAUGAAGAGUCACCAAUUGGUAUGAGGAGUUUAAGCAGUGCAUUACUGCUUCUAAAUAUUUCAUUAGGAUUCUAUUUGAACUCUUUUAUUGUUACUAUGGUAACUUACUUCUCAACAAAGGGUGGCAAGGUUGGAUGGAUACCAGAUAAUCUAAAUGAAGGUCAUCUUGAUUAUUUCUUUUGGGUUUUGGCAGCUCUUAGCUUCUUCAAUUUUUUGGUCUACAUAAUCUUUGCUAUGAAGUUUGCAAAGAAUAAGAAGUCUGCUUAUUAUUAAGCUUUGUCCAUUUCAUGGAGGUAUCACUUUCACUUAUGUAUGUUUUGUAUUAAUGAUUAUUGAAUUAUGGGUCAUCCCAAUAAUUUUUAUUCAAAAUCAUAAAAUAACAAUUAUUGAUUAA